AUGAAAGGUUUCAUCCCAACGGUAGUCUUUUCAGAUAAUCAUGCUGCCAAGACGAUAUUGAUUGAAAAGUGGAAGAAUUUUGAGAAGAAUACUCAAUUGUUAAAUCCCUUUCAGAAAUCCUUUAUAGGCAACGCAUUGGUAUUCAUGAAUGGUGAGGAAUGGCACGCCAAUCGUUCAGUGUUGAAUCCUUCCUUCCAGCACGUUGAAAAGUAUUGGCAACCCAUGUGUGAAACCAUUUGUAAAUGUAUUUCGAAUAUGGAAUGGUAUGGUUCAUUGCAGGACGUGUCAUCCGAAAAGAAAUCUUACAAGAUCAAGAUUAAGGACAUGCUCACACGACUCACUCUCGACGUGAUUGGACUCUCUGCUCUCGAUUCCGAUUUCAAAUAUUUGGAACCUGUGGAAAUGAAUCGAAUCGACAAGUAUGAACAAGUGUUGCAAGCAUUCGGUUACUUGUUCCAGCAUGUGAAUUCGUGGGAGAGAAAUUUAGGACUUUUCGGCACCGUAUAUUCCAUGCUCCCCAUUGAAGAUAAUCUCAAAAUGGAACAAGCCAUGAAUACUUUGAACUCUUUCAUCUAUUCCCUUAUUGAGGAAAAGAGAGAAAAGUUUAUUACAGGCAAAAAGGCAACCACUCCACAAGAAGAUCAAAUCACUUCCAUUACCGAACAAGUCAUGGGAACCACACCUCGGGAAAGGAGUGCCAUUGAGAAUCUUCUUUGGAAGUAUUACGAAUGUGAAAAAGCCUCAGAAACCCAUUCCAAAGAUCAAGUCAUGAACAAAAUUUCCUUCCGCAAUUUACGAGAUGAUAUCUUGCUGUUGUUCAUUGCAGGACACGCCACGACAGCAGAAGCCUUGGUUUUCUUUUAUUCCAAUUGGCUCAACAUUCUGAGAUUCAGGAUCGUUUGGUUCAUGACGAAUUGA